CCGCGCCCCGGCGCCCCCAGCAGGGACCGAGCUCCUUCCCUCCGCCUCGGCUGCCGCUGAGCGCCCGCCUCCCCCGGAGCAGAACUCCCCCGGCAGCCCCAGAAGUGCCCCAGGCCCACGUCGGCGACCACCAUGGCGGAGACCAACAACGAAUGUAGCAUCAAGGUGCUCUGCCGAUUUCGACCCCUGAACCAGUCGGAAAUUCUCCGGGGGGAUAAGUUCAUCCCCAUUUUCCAAGGGGACGACAGCGUCAUUAUUGGGGGGAAGCCUUAUGUGUUUGACCGUGUAUUUCCCCCAAACACAACUCAGGAGCAGGUGUACCACGCGUGUGCCAUGCAGAUUGUCAAAGAUGUUCUUGCUGGCUACAAUGGCACCAUUUUCGCUUAUGGACAGACUUCCUCAGGGAAAACCCAUACCAUGGAGGGGAAGCUGCACGACCCCCAGCUGAUGGGAAUCAUCCCUCGGAUUGCCCGCGACAUCUUCAACCACAUCUACUCCAUGGACGAGAACCUGGAGUUCCACAUCAAGGUUUCUUACUUUGAGAUUUACCUGGACAAAAUCCGUGACCUUUUGGAUGUGACCAAGACAAAUCUAUCUGUACACGAGGACAAGAACCGGGUGCCAUUUGUCAAGGGUUGCACCGAGCGCUUCGUGUCCAGCCCCGAGGAGAUUUUAGACGUGAUCGAUGAGGGGAAGUCCAACCGCCAUGUGGCUGUUACCAACAUGAACGAGCACAGCUCCCGAAGCCACAGCAUCUUCCUCAUCAACAUCAAGCAGGAGAACAUGGAGACUGAGCAGAAGCUCAGUGGAAAGCUGUACCUAGUGGACUUGGCUGGGAGCGAGAAGGUCAGCAAGACUGGGGCGGAAGGAGCCGUGCUGGACGAGGCAAAGAAUAUUAACAAGUCUCUGUCAGCCCUGGGGAACGUGAUCUCCGCCCUGGCAGAAGGCACUAAAAGCUACGUGCCGUAUCGUGACAGCAAGAUGACACGGAUUCUCCAGGACUCCCUGGGAGGGAACUGCCGGACGACCAUGUUCAUCUGCUGCUCUCCCUCCAGUUACAAUGAUGCCGAGACCAAGUCCACGCUGAUGUUUGGGCAGCGGGCGAAGACCAUUAAGAACACGGCCUCCGUGAACCUGGAGCUGACUGCCGAGCAGUGGAAGAAGAAGUACGAGAAGGAGAAGGAGAAGACAAAGACCCAGAAGGAGGCGAUCGCCAAGCUGGAGGCCGAGCUGAGCCGCUGGCGCAAUGGGGAGAACGUGCCUGAGACGGAGCGCCUGGCCUCCGAGGACACAGGCCUGGGAGCGCAGCUCUGUGAGGAGACCCCGGUGAACGACAACUCGUCCAUCGUGGUGCGCAUCGCCCCCGAGGAGAGGCAGAAGUAUGAGGAGGAGAUCCGCCGCCUGUACAAGCAACUGGACGAGAAGGAUGAUGAGAUCAACCAGCAGAGCCAACUCAUAGAGAAGCUGAAGCAGCAGAUGCUGGACCAGGAAGAGCUCCUGGUGUCCACUCGAGGAGACAACGAGAAGGUCCAGCGAGAGCUGAGCCACCUGCAGUCAGAGAACGACGCGGCGAAGGACGAGGUGAAGGAAGUGCUGCAGGCCCUGGAAGAGCUGGCGGUCAACUACGACCAGAAGUCCCAGGAGGUGGAGGAGAAGAGCCAGCAGAACCAGCUGCUGGUGGAUGAGCUGUCUCAGAAGGUGGCUACCAUGCUGUCCCUGGAGUCUGAGUUGCAGCGGCUACAGGAAGUCAGUGGACACCAGCGAAAACGAAUUGCUGAGGUGCUGAACGGGCUGAUGAAGGACCUGAGUGAGUUCAGUGUCAUCGUGGGCAAUGGAGAGAUUAAGCUGCCGGUGGAGAUCAGUGGGGCCAUCGAGGAGGAAUUCACCGUGGCCCGCCUCUACAUCAGCAAAAUCAAGUCGGAAGUCAAGUCCGUGGUCAAACGGUGCCGGCAGCUGGAGAACCUCCAGGUGGAAUGCCAUCGCAAGAUGGAGGUGACUGGGCGGGAGCUCUCAUCCUGCCAGCUCCUCAUCUCCCAGCACGAGGCCAAGAUCCGCUCCCUCACAGAGUACAUGCAGAGUGUGGAGCUGAAGAAGCGGCACCUGGAAGAGUCCUAUGACUCCCUGAGCGAUGAGCUGGCCAAGCUGCAGGCCCAGGAAACUGUGCACGAAGUGGCCCUGAAGGAUAAGGAGCCAGACACACAGGAUGCCGAUGAGGUGAAGAAGGCCCUGGAGCUGCAGAUGGAGAGUCACCGCGAGGCCCAUCAUCGGCAGCUGGCCCGGCUUCGGGAUGAGAUCAAUGAGAAGCAGAAGACCAUUGACGAGCUCAAAGAUCUGAAUCAGAAGCUCCAGGUAGAGCUAGAGAAGCUGCAGGCUGACUACGAGCGGCUGAGGAGCGAGGAGAAUGAGAAGAGCGCCAAGCUACAGGAGCUGACAUUUCUGUACGAGCGACACGAGCAGUCCAAGCAGGACCUCAAAGGGCUGGAGGAGACCGUUGCCCGUGAACUCCAGACCCUCCACAACCUUCGCAAGCUGUUCGUUCAAGACGUCACGACUCGAGUUAAGAAAAGUGCAGAAAUGGAGCCCGAGGACAGUGGGGGGAUUCACUCCCAAAAGCAGAAGAUUUCCUUUCUUGAGAACAACCUGGAACAGCUUACAAAGGUUCACAAACAGAUGGCUGACUGGGUUUCAAAGCUGGUACGUGACAAUGCAGAUCUGCGUUGUGAGCUUCCUAAACUGGAAAAACGACUUCGGGCUACGGCUGAGAGAGUUAAGGCCCUGGAGGGUGCACUGAAGGAGGCCAAGGAGGGCGCCAUGAAAGACAAGCGCCGGUACCAGCAGGAGGUGGACCGGAUUAAGGAGGCUGUUCGGUACAAGAGCUCCAGCAAGCGAGGCCACUCUGCCCAGAUUGCCAAGCCCGUCCGACCGGGCCACUACCCGGCGUCUUCACCCACCAACCCCUACGGCACUCGGAGCCCGGAGUGCAUCAGUUACACCAACAACCUCUUCCAGAACUACCAGAAUUUGUACCUGCAGGCUGCACCUAGCGCCCCCUCAGACAUGUACUUUGCAAACUCCUGUGCCAGCAGCGGGGCCACAUCUUCCGGCCCCCUGACUUCCUACCAGAAGGCCAACAUGGACAACGGAAACGCCACAGACAUCAAUGACAACAGGAGUGACCUGCCAUGCGGCUAUGAGGCUGAGGACCCGGCCAAGCUUUUCCCUCUCCACCAAGAGACUGCCGCCAGCUAAUCUCCCAGGCCCACGGCUGCAUACCUGCACUUUCAGUUUCUAAGAGGGACUGAGGCCUCUCCUCUCAGCAUGCUGCAAACCCGUGGUCUCUGAUACUAACUCCCUCCCCAACCUUGUUGUCUGACUGUACUAUGUUUGAUGUCUCCUCUUCCUUACUCUGUAUCUAGCUAUCAAAGCUGCUGCUCCGUCUCCCCUCUCUGUCCCACUCUCCAGGUAUCUGAUGAUGUAUCUAGCGAUUUCUAAGCAUAGU